UUUUUUAAAACCCCGGUCAUCAGGAGAAACGAAGCACACAAUGGGACAAAAUAUAUAUCAUGUACAGGUUGCCAAUGAAGUUGUAAACUGUUUGUUCCAGCAUAUCGUUUGCAUGGUUGAUAGACUACUAGCGGCUAUGAAUAUUUAUUCUAGUACAUGUAUUGUAAUUAAUAGCCUUACUUUUUCAGGUCUUGUUUAUGCAGAGAAGUGCACCGAUACACAAACAUGCAUCCAAAAUAAAAUAACAAACUGUACGCAAGGUUCUCAUGUUGUCUGCUAUCCCAGCAUUCAAAUAUGCGCAUGUAUAUUCUUCCCAGUAGAUGUUGGUGUGCCAUGUACAGACCAGGCCGAGUGUACGACAUGUAAGGCAGGAAAUGAACCUCACUGUAUUGACCGCAUUUGCCAUUGUACAAGAGUGAACUGAUUUUGAUACAUUAAAAUGUUUGAAUUUACCA